CCUCGCUGUGCAGGAUGGAUGAGCUAAAUAAUCAAAUGGACCGCCCUGCCGCUGUGCUCAAGGCCAUAAAAUUCGAUCUCAUGACCAGUACAGAUAUGGAAAGGGUAAGCAGCGCGACCAUUACAGACCCAUCUGACGUGACCAGCGCCAAGCUGGGAUUGCCAAACGGGGCACCACAGUGCGAGACUUGUGGGGCGCAAAACGUGCGUGGCUGCGAUGGCCAUUCGGGCGCCAUGAAGCUGCCGGCAACUGUGCUCAGCCCGUAUUUUAUCGAGGAAGUUGCUCGGUUGCUGAAUCAGAUAUGUCCCGGCUGUCACACUCCAAAGCAAAACAGGGAUUCUAAGAAAUCAGACAGUGCCACAAGUCAAGCAACCUGCAAAUAUUGCUCAAAGGAUGGCGCUAAACUUUAUCCAAGUGUUAUCUUUAAGACGCUGAAAAGUCCAAGAAUAAUUCUGUCCAGGAAAAAAUUUCAACGUAACCCUGCCGUUAUGGACAAAGUUUCGAUUACGGCAGAAGUUGCUGACAGAGUGACAAAUAAGUUCAAGAAUAAUGGUUCACCUGAAGUUCUUCCCCACGAUUAUUGGGAUUUUCUACCUCAUCACCAGCCCCCUCAAUCAAAUACAACCAGGAUAUUAUUGUCUCCUCAUCAAGUCUUUCACAUGCUGAAACAACUUGAUCCUGAGCUUAUUCACAAGUUUGCUUCAAGGCGGGCGCUACUGUUCCUGUCGUGUUUGCCGGUGACUCCUAACUGCCAUCGUGUGGCAGAGAUGCCCUACGGGUUUUCAGACGGACCUCGCUUAACUUAUGAUGACCUGACAAAAGCUUAUAAGAGGACUGUUGAUGUCAGUAGGAAAGUUGAUGACUACCGUCAGUAUCCACAGUUCAAUCUUCUUGCAAGUUCACUUGUCACAAGCCGAGUUAUGGAUUGCUUGAAAUCAUCCAAGUUACACUCUAAAAAGACAGAUAAUGAAUCAUCAACGGGCAUGUAUGGAACUAAAUGGUUGAAGGAUGCCAUUCUCAGCAAACGAUCGGAUAAUGCAUUUCGGAGUACUAUGGUCGGUGAUCCCAAGAUUAGAUUACAUGAAAUCGGCAUCCCAAUGGAUUUCGCUUCGAACUUGGUUGUUUCUGAGCAUGUUAAUUCUUACAACUUCAAAAGCAUAAAUGUGAAGUGCAACCUUCACCUUCUUUCCAAGGAAAUACUGUUCACUCGGCGCAAUGAACAGCUAAUUCAUGUUAAGAAGGCAAAUCAGCUACAAAUUGGUGACAUUGUGUACAGGCUAUUGCAGGAUGGUGAUCUUAUUCUUAUCAAUAGGCCACCGUCAGUACAUCAACACUCGCUUAUUGCACUCUCUGCAAAGUUACUACCAGUUCAGUCGGUUGUUUCAAUCAAUCCACUGUGCUGUGCCCCUUUUAUGGGAGAUUUUGAUGGGGAUUGUUUACAUGGAUAUGUCCCACAGUCUAUACGAUCAAGAGUUGAGCUUGGAGAGCUAGUAAGCUUAAGCAACCAACUGUUGAAUGUGCAAGACGGACGAAGUGUGGUGUCCUUAACACAUGAUUCUUUAGCUGCUGCACAUUUGUUAACAAGCUCAGAUAUUUUAUUUAAGAAGACUGAGUUUCAGCAACUUCAAAUGUUAUGCCAUUCACUCUCGCUGACACCAAUGCCAUCAAUAGUUAAAUCAAUGAACUCUCAAGCUUCACUGUGGACUGGCAAGCAGUUGUUCGGCAUGCUGCUUCCUUCUGGUAUGAAUUUUAGUAUUGAUCCCAAGUUACAGAUCAUAGACGGUGAAGUACUUUCCUGCUCUUCUGAAGCUUUUUGGCUACAGAGUAACACAUCUGGCCUUUUCUCUGCCAUGUUCAAACAAUAUGGUCCCGAGGCUCUUCAGUUCCUGUCAUCUGCUCAGGAUAUACUAUGUGAAUUCUUAACCAUGAAGGGCUUAAGUGUCUCUCUUUCAGAUUUUUAUCUGUUUUCGGAUCAUUACUCACGGAGAAAACUUUUCGAUGAAGUUAAUCUAGCAUUGGAUGAGGCUGAAGAGGCUUUUCUUGUCAAACAGCUAUUGCUAAGCCCAAAUUCCAUACCAAAUCUCAAGUGUUAUGAUGACUGUGCUAAUCUAUCAACUUUUUAUAAACACUCUGAUUUCAUUCAGAACAGUCUACCAAUGAUGAAAGCUUCAAUCAUGGCAUUUAAGAGUGUCUUCAGUGAUCUUCUUAAGAUGGUGCAACAGCACACGAGUAAAGAUAAUUCAAUGAGGGUGAUGAUGAAUGCAGGAAGUAAGGGUAGCAUGCUGAAGUUUGUGCAACAAACUGCAUGUGUCGGUCUUCAACUUCCAGCAAGGAAAUUUCCGUUUAGAAUUCCUUCAGAAAUCUCAAGUGCUAGCUGGAAUAGACAUAAAUCAUUGGAUAAUGACAUUGCCGAGGGAAAGGGUGAAUGCUUGGGAGGCCAGAACUCAUAUGCUGUGAUCAGGAAUUCUUUUAUAGAUGGUUUAAAUCCGUUAGAGUGUCUUCUGCAUUCCAUUGCUGGCAGGGCAAAUUUCUUCAGUGAGAAUGCAGAUGUUCCUGGAACAUUAACAAGAAAACUAAUGUAUCACUUGAGAGAUACAUAUGUUGCUUAUGAUGGGACUGUUAGGAGUUCUUAUGGGCAGCAAAUAACGCAAUUCACUUAUGAUACUGCUGAAAACAUGUACACUGAUGGUGCCCCUGUUGGUUCUUGGGCUGCUGGUUCCAUUUCAGAAGCUGCAUAUGGAGCUUUGGAUCACCCAGUGAACAGUUUAGAAGACUCUCCCCUCAUGAAUUUGCAGGAUGUAUUAAAGUGCCAGAAGGGUGCUAAUUCUCUGGAUCAUUUUGGUUUGCUUUUCCUAUCAAAGAAUCUAAAGAAGUAUAGAUAUGGUCCAGAGUAUGCAUCACUAGAAGUUAAGGAUCAUCUCGAACCAGUGAAGUUCUCCGAUUUGGUUGAGACCGUCAUGAUUCUAUAUGGCGGCCGUGGUGUACAGACAGCAAAAGAGAGCCCAUGGAUCACUCAUUUUCAUAUAAGCAAGGAAAUGAUGAAGAGAAAAAAAUUGGGAUUAAGAUUUGUUGUAGACGAGCUUACAGAACAAUAUGAUUCCAAGGGCUAUCAGUCAAGCAACAUGUUCCCUCAAGUAUAUAUUUCGAAGUGCAGCAAAGGUUCUGCUGGCAAUGAGAAGUGUUUUAACGACCAGACUUGUUGCAUCACUGUGGUAACAGAGGACGAUUCCAACUCAACGUCUCAAUUGGACACUAUCAAGAAAAGGGUGAUCCCAAAGCUCCUGUCCAUGCUAGUGAAAGGAUUUUUGGAAUUUAAGGAUGUUGAGAUCCAGUGUCAGCAAGACAAUGAACUUGUUGUGAAAGUUGGUAUGUCGGAGCAUUGCAAAAGCGGGGAGUUCUGGGCUGAUCUACAAAAUGCUUGUGUUGCAAUAAUGGAGUUGAUUGAUUGGGAGCGGAGCCGACCAGGGAGCGUGUAUGAUAUUUCUUGCUCAUAUGGCGUAGACUCGGCGUGGAAUUUUUUUGUUGAAUCUUUAAGAUCAAAAACUGAUGAUAUUGGAAAGAAUAUCCAUCGGGAGCACUUGUUGGUUGUGGCAGAUAGUUUAUCUGUAAGUGGGCAGUUCCAUGGGCUAAGCAGUCAAGGCUUAAAGCAACAGCGGACUCGAUUAUCAGUUUCAUCUCCAUUUUCUGAAGCUUGUUUCUCUAGGCCUGCACAAAGUUUUAUAAAUGCUGCAAAGCAAUGUUCAGUGGACAAUCUCUGUGGUACUGUAGAUGCAAUGGCCUGGGGCAAAGAGCCUUUUGCCGGAACAUCGGGUCCUUUCGAGAUUAUAUAUUCUGGGAAGGCGCAUGAACCCCUACAGAAUGAGAACAUCUAUGACAUUCUACAUAACGCUGAAGUUCGAGAUGCUGCUAUCUCCAAUGGUGGUGGCACCAUAUCUGAGGAACAGGAUUUUCUUAGUGCAAGGGUUGGUACAUGGGACAACAUUAUUGAUAUGCGCACUUGCUUGCAGAACAUGCUAAUAGAGUACAAACUAAAUGAAUAUGUCACGGAGCUAGAUAAAUCACGCAUAAUUGAGGCCCUGAGAUUUCAUCCAAGAGGGCAUGAAAAGAUUGGUGCUGGAAUAAGGGAUAUAAAGAUCGGACACCAUCCUAGUCACCCAGGCACAAGGUGCUUCCUUUUGGUACGGGAUGACAAUACGACUGAAGAUUUCUCUUACAGGAAAUGCGUCCAGGAGGCUGCGAAUUCCAUCUCGCCUCAGCUAGGAAGUUACGUGAAGAAUAUUCUACAGAAUAGAGCAGUUUGAUCAGACUGCAAGUAGAGAGCUUUUGAUCUUCUAUUUUUCGACAAAGAACUGUUGGACAGAAGUGGAGGAUGCUCAGUUAUCCCAGAGAACAAUGAACUGCCGAAGAAUGGAAUGCUCCUUCGCCACCGUUUUGUGAUAGGAAAAUGCAGACAUGUUGUGAUAGGAGAAAGCAGACAUGCUGUGAUAGGAAAAGUAUGUUGUCCUCAGAGGACGAUGCCAUUUUGUUUUUUUGUUGUUGUACAACUUUUUUCUCCCCCCCCUAGCAUUAGCAUCUCGAGAGUUGGAAAGUAAGAGGCUCCCAUCAGUCAAUACUCUUGGCCCAAAACACUGUGGGUUCAAGUUUUAAGCGAGAUCCUGCCAAUAUCCCGCUUUUAGUUCAUUUGGGGAUUUCUAGUUUAACUUUUGAGGCUAAAUUUUAAACUAGAAAGUCCUAAAUAAGCUAGAAGCUGGAUAUUGGCGGGAUCCCGCUUACAUCCCUGCUCAAGUUCGAGCGGGGUACAUAAGUCAUGCCUUAGUGUGCUUGGAAUAAAAAAUAAAGUGGAUACCCCUUCUUGGGAUGUGUUCCAAAAAUUACCA